AAUGGCCGAGGGCGGAAUUUGAGAACUUUUUUUUAAUAGUUUUUUAUAUUUUAAAAAUAAUGGACCAAAGUGAUCUCAUGUACAUCUAUAUAAGGCAGAUGAAUUGGAGUGAUUGCAUGAAGAACAUGUGUGUAUGUGUGAGUGUGAAAAACAGAAAAGUUUUUUCAGUGCUCGGUUGUUACAACGCAUGAAGUAAAGUAAAAUUACAGUUAAAUCCUCUUCUGGAGUCCGUCAAUCCGUUUCCGUGCACUUUCCCCUUCUAACUACUCCAGGGAGGGAGAGAGAGAGACGACCUGAACUCUGAAAACUCUGAAGACCUUUAACCCAUAAUUCAGAAUCCAUCCACCGGAAGUGGGUCAGAUUCCGGCGAAACCAUGGCGAUAGCAGACCGCCACAAAUCUAAUUCGGACGGGAAGCUCUGGAAGCUCUGUCCGUUCUGGCAAUCAGGAACGUCUUCUUCGUCCUCUUCUUCUACACAGAACCUUCACAACCUGAACCAGAGCCACCAAGACGGUGUCGGAUCCAACACGCGUCCUUCAAAUUCGGUUUCUUCAGUGGCCAGAUCGAUCCUUCCAGCUAGGCGUAGACUACGUCUCGAUCCGUCGAACAACCUCUACUUUCCCUAUGAACCGGGUAAGCAGGUGAAGAGCGCUGUUAGGAUAAAGAAUAAUAGCAAAUCUCAUGUUGCUUUCAAGUUUCAAACAACUGCACCAAAGAGCUGUUACAUGCGACCUCCUGGUGGUAUCCUUGCUCCUGGAGAGAGCAUUAUUGCAACUGUGUUUAAGUUCGUGGAAACACCGGAGAAUAAUGAGAAACAAUUAGAUCAGAAGAAAAAGGUUAAGUUUAAGAUCAUGAGUCUGAAGGUUAAAGCAGGAGUUGACUAUGUACCGGAGUUGUUCGAUGAGCAAAAGGAUCAAGUGACUGUUGAGCGAAUUUUGCGUGUUGUAUUCUUGGACGCGGAGCGCCCCUGUCCUGCAUUGGAAAAACUGAAGCGUCAGUUGGCUGAAGCUGAGGCUGCACUUGAAACUCGCAAAAAACCUCCACCAGACACUGGUCCACGAGUUGUUGGAGAAGGGCUUGUCAUAGAUGAAUGGAAAGAGCGAAGGGAGAAAUACCUGGCCCGGCAGCAGGUUGAGGCUGUAGAUUCGGUGUAAAGUGUUGUUUGCUUUUGUUGCAAGUGCUCUGUAUUUGGGUUCCUUACGAGGAUGGAGGGGCAGGGGAAAGGGAGGGGGAGGGUGAGGGGGGUGGUCAAGUGCAUAAUGUAGAGAAGAAGAAUAAUAUAUCAUUUUAUGUCAUUGGUCUUGAGUUGAAAAGGAUGUUGAUAAAGUUGCCUUUCUUUGAGCUAUAUGCCCUUCUACUUGUAAAUAAUGGAUUUUGCUUUUCUAUCAAAAUGAUAUUGUAGUGACCAUAGCAUAAGCUAAAUCCAUGAUUGUAAUACUCUGUCGAUUUUAUGAUUGUGAGCAUCUGUCAGAAUUUUUUGUUAA